CUGUGCUUGCAAACAUGGUGGUGAUGAAGAUGAAGUUUCCCUUUGAGAAAAGGGUGAAACUAGCCCAGGGACUGUGGCUACUGUCCUGGUGUGCCACAAUGGCUGGGGCUAUGACCUUCAGCCUAGGAUGCUUCCUUAAAACGGAACUCCACAGGAGAGCAGAGCUAAUGGACAACUCAAACAUACACAUUGUUCCCAACACCUUCAUGAUUGUUGGUCUGGUCUCUAUGGGAACCAACUUCUUUGCUUCGAAGAUCUCUCAGGAUGCUCUCGACGCUGCGCGGUUUCCUCGCUGGAAGAACUUUUUGAAACCCUACUAUGCCGUGUCUUGUUUUUUCACCACCCUCAUGCUGCUUGCUGUUAUCAUGAGCUACGUAAUGAAGGGCAGCCUGGAGUCGUCCCUGAAGAUUGGCUUAAAAAAUGGCAUCCGGUUCUACAAGGACACAGACACACCAGGACGCUGCUUCCAGAAACAGAACAUCGAUCGGUUGCAGAUGGAGUUUCAGUGUUGUGGAAACAAUGACUUAAGGGACUGGUUCGACGUGCAGUGGAUCAGCAACCGUUACCUUGAUUUCAGCUCUAAGGAAGUGAAAGACUACAUAAAGAGCAAUGUGGAUGGCCGUUACUUGGUCCACGGUGUCCCAUUUAGUUGCUGUAACCCCAGCUCUCCACGACCAUGCAUUCAGCAUCAGAUCACCAACAAUUCCGCUCAUUAUAACUAUGACUACCAGACAGAGGAGCUCAACAUCUAUGUCCGAGGCUGCAGAGAGGCCCUGGUCAACUAUUACAUGGGUCUGAUGAACACCAUCGGAACUGGAGUGCUGUCUGUCUUUGCCAUCCAGACUUCUGUGCUGGUGAGUUUGAGGUUCCUGCAGACAGCAAUGGAGGCAGUUAUUGGGAACGAAAAUAUAGAAAUCGAGACAGAAGGUUACCUGCUUGAGAAAGGCGUUAAAGACACCAUCAUGGAGUAUAUUGACCCUAUCCUGAAGUUCUUCCUUCUCACAAACCAGGUUGAGGAAGGAACAGAGGAAACAAAGCCUCCAGCUACUUCCUAGAUCACAUGUGUACAUAUACUUGUAAAAAGGACAAUCAUAAUUGACAAUUUUCAAUCUUCGAGAAACAACCCUUUCCAGAUUUUUUGUGAAUAAAUAAAGUGGUAUCUUGGCUCUAACGUCAUAAACUCAACAAUAAUAUUUAUAAUUUGCUUAAAUAAUCUCUUUCUCUACUGUUUUACUGUUUUUACUAUAUUUCAAUUCUCAUCAGUCAUAAGUUAU